GGCAAAAAGUGGAAAGGCAACACCAUCUUUGGUUAGAUUAUGGCCAAGCAUAGUCUUAUGCUAACAAUGGAAGGAGGUGGUCUAGAAGAGGUGUUGUACACAUAUAUAGAGUGGGGGUUAGAGGAGGACAAUAGGGUACAGCUGGGGAGUUCCUACGCUGCUGUCGUGGCCGGAGGGAGGCCACAAGGAGGAGGAAGAGGCCAAGGCACGGGUGGGCAGGCCUCGGGUGGUCGUGGACGAGGCGACCGAGGGUUGGCGGCAAUAGAGACCACGAAGUGGGAGGAAGGUGUCAAGGUCCCCUCACUAACUGAACUAGUCCCAGUCGAUCACCUCCCAGAAGGGGUGCAUGACAUCUUGGACGGCUUGAAGGCAGGCUUUGGGAAACCCUUAAUGUUGAUCAGAAUGUCUGGCAGGACCGCAUUGAUAACCGCCAACCCAACUUCGGGACAGCGGGAGUCAACUCCAAAGUUCGAUGGACAAGAGAUCUUCUGCGAUUUGACGAAGACGGACCCGGUUCCGUGGUUCCGCAAGUUUGAACUCACGUUGCAGCUCCAUCUCGUCAAAGAAUACAACCACCACGCAUACUUAUACUCCCGGUCGGGAGGCGCAUGUCAAGCCUGGAUGGACAAUCUCUUGUCCAAGUACGGGGUGGUUGCUGCAGACUUGCACACCAAGAUCAGCUGGGAUGAUCUAAAGGCGGCAUGGCACAAGCGGUUCCAAGUAGAGCCGCCGGAGAUCAAGGCAAUGGACAAGCUAAUGGGCUUCGGACAAGGCACGCUGCCGAGUACCGACUGGAUUGCCAAGUACCAACGCUUGACAUCCGUCCCAGACAUUCAAAUGGGCUUCAAAGCCAUCCGCCACUAUUUUAUCUCAAGGUCGUGUCCGACAUUGAGCAAUGCCUUGACUCAUGUCGAGGACACUCUGACGACAACGGCGGAACUAUUUGACAAGGCCGCACACAUUAUUGUCACGAACAAGGAGGCUAAGAACCUGCGUCCGUCCGCGGCAGGCCCGAGCAGAGAUCAGCAUCGGUCGAAAGUGGCCGUGGUCGCGGCGGCAACGCUGCUUGACCAAACCAGCGAGGCCGUGUCUGCAAAUGAAGGGGACAAACUCGCAGCCGCCCCGGCAAAGGCCGAGGACGGGACAAGGCGAAGACAAACACCGCAUCUAGCCCCAGGCCCGGUGCAGCAGCUCCAGCCCCAUGGUCCCAAUAUGGUCUCUCCGAGCAAGCAUUCAAAGCACUCACGAGAUUUCACUAUUGCCUAUGGUGCAACAACGAUCUCCAUGAGACAGUGGCCUGCCCGUCGAAAGGCAAGGGCAAAUCGGGAAACUGAGCACCACGGGAGUGACUCGAUGACACUCUCGACGCCUUCGGAACCGGUCACUUCGUGGGUGACCGCCCUUCGUUCCGAGGCACAUGUGGAAGUCGAUAGUCCUCUUCUUUAUUCUUUCGAGGACUAUGCUGCCCGGCUUGUUCCUACGCUGGGUAGUCAAACUCAAGGACAAGACGUGUGUGCGGCAUCUUCUCCGUCCGGCAGCGACAACUUAUUGUCUUCAAGUGGUUCUUCACGGGAUUUGGCGCGCGAGUUCAACAUAGAGGUAUUGGACCCGCUCACAUCCGAGGACUUUGCGUGGCUUCCUCUCCCGACCACGGGCCGAUUGUCGGGACCGCAAUGUGCAACACUAUGCGCUCAUCUCCACACGUACUUAUCCUUCCAUGCACCACCAACUUCGUCGACGGAUGACGAAGUCGCGGUGGGGGACAUCCUUGUGUAUGUUAUCAGGGUGGCCCGCAAGUUUUGCAAUCAGCGGUACGAUGACAACAACGCACCGCUCCUCUAUGUCCGCAUCCAAGUUGGGCAAGCGUCCUGCAGCGCUUUGCUGGAUAGCGGCGCAUCUCGCAAUUCUAUGAGCCGAGCCUUUGUGCAAAGGGCUGGCCUUGGUGCACAAGUUCGAAGGAAGGCAAACCCGACGACGAUCAAGUUGGCGGACGGAAGGACGCAGCAACUUAUCGACCGCUACACCGAGGCCGUACCGGUGUAUUUCGCACCUCAUGCAUGCGAACCGGUGACGUUCGACAUUUUGGACACGAACUUCGACAUCAUUCUGGGAAUGCCUUGGCUUGCAAGUGCGGAUCACACGGUCAACUUCCACCGGCGGACUCUUACCGUUCGUGACGCCUUCGGCGCCAAAGUGUUGUGUACUAUUCCUCUUCCGCAACCUUCGAUUAGGUGCCAAGUGGUGACGGUCAAAUCAUUCCGGGCGACUUGCGCUUACGAGCAGCCCAAGGAAAUCGGCCUAUGUUUCCUACGGACCGUCGCGGUAGCCGACUCUUCACCCACGGACUUGUCUUCGGACCCCCGGGUGAUGCGGUUGCUGGACGAGUUCGCCGACAUCUUCGAGUCACCUACCGGUGUGGUGCCGGAUCGGUCGAUCUCUCACGAGAUCAUUCUUGAGGCCGGUGCCGUGCCGCCGAAAGGUUGCAUCUAUCGGAUGAGCGAGGAGGAGCUUGAGGUCCUCCGCGCACAACUUGACGUCGGGGGAGGUGAACUUGUCCGAGGAGGUGAUGGAGGUGGUGUCCUCGGAGGCGAUGUUGUGGAAGAAGCAAGGGCGGGGAGGGGCCAAUGUAGGUGCGGUCUUGUAGGGGGAGAGGAUGCGGUCGAGUUGGAGGGUACGAGUGAGGAGGUCGGCGAGGGUCAUGGGGGGCUCGUGGACAAGCGCGGCCGGCAGGUCUUUGCGACAAACGCGGUUAACGCGGGAGCCGACAGAAUUGGUCGAUAUAGGGUUGUUGUCUUGGGCGAGGGGGGAGGUGGAGCGACCAUGGUGGAGGUCGUGGUGGAUGAGGGUGGGGGUGUACAGGUGGACGAUGUUGGUGUGGAGGUUGAAGCGGAGGUUUGUACAGUGGAGGGGGUGGGUUGGGGUGUGGAGGAGGGGGGUGUGGUCGUGAUGACGACCGUGAUGGAGGGGUUGUCCCCUUCGAGCGUGGUGACACGGUCGGAUAUGGACGACACGGUGGCCUUUAUGUCGUCCAGAGAGGUUUGGAAGGUGUUGAGUUCCUGGAGGAUGGCGGAGAGGUCGGAGGUGGCGGUGUUUGCUGGUGGUUGUUCGCCUGCGAGGUUGCGGGCGAUGCUAUCGACCGAGUUGGUGCGGAUGUUAGACAUGUUGAUGGAGGAUGCGGCCAUGUCAGGGGAAGAGGGGGUGGAGGAUGCGGUCGGAACGGAUGUGGAGGAUGCAGCAGCAACGGUGGAGGCGGCAGCGACGCGUUGGGAGUUCUUGGUGUUGCAUGCUGACACAGGUGCAGGGAAGGUUGAGGUCGUGAUUAAGGCUGAAGGGGAACCCUCAUCCACAACACCACCUCCCCCUCCUCUGACCCCUGCGCAGCGGCGCAAGAGAGAGAUCCAGGAAAAGCUGCGAGAGCAACGGGCGCUGCUCGCAGAAGCCGAGAAACAGGAGGCUGCUGAACUAGAAGCUGCAAUAGAUGCUUCUAGAAAAGAACAUCUGCUGCAGCAGGCCCAGAGGACUGUUGCAGAUACUAGAGUGGCCCAGUGUACAAGGGACCUGGCUGAGCUGGUCCUCCUGCAGGACAAGCUAACCGUCGACCACUUUACAAACUGGGAUGAGAGUAUCCAGAGGCUGGAGACCAGAGUGGCGGAUCUGGGAACUCAUCAGUCAAAGAUCCUGGAUGCUAUCCAGAAUCUGACUGCUCAGUUAACAACAACGAAUGUCAUCAGUCCCCUGGUCCUUGUGGUCCCCACUCUAAAACCUAAACAGCCUUCUCAGCCCUCUUCUCCACCUCCAUCCUCUGGAUCUCCUCACUCUUCGCGCAAGGCUUCUCCCACUGUCUCCUCCCAGGCCAAAGCCACACCUCCUCCCACCUUUGCUGCUGUUGUUGCUGGGAACAACAGAGGUCCCAAAAUUCGUGCCCCCAGCAAAUUCAAGGGGGAUGACCCCAAGAUUGAUGUGGGGGAUUGGACUGCUGGAACGCGGGCCUAUCUGAAGGGGUUCCAGUGCCCAGAGCAGCAAAAGGUGGCCACUGUUGUGGGUCUGCUGGAGGGGCCUGCCCAGAAAUGGGCCACCUCUACAGCAAGUGCCCAAAAUCAGACUUUGGAGGACUGGGCCCUGGCACUGGGGGCUGACAAACUUUUACAGCCCCUGGAAGAUCGGUUUGCAGACAAAGAAAGAGUCCGCAAAGCUGCUGAUAAUAUAGUGGGCCUGGGCCAGCAGCGUUACAGCGGCAGUCUGCAGGCCCUGUUUGCUGAAUUUGAACAACUGACUUCCACCCCUGGUUUGGCGAUGUCUGCAGAUGAUCUGUUGACUAACUUUUGCAGGGUUGUGCCUGAAAAGUUUUGUGUUGCGUUGUACAACGCCGGUCACAAAGACUGGAGAUCAUUUGGACGUGCAGCCCUGGACAUGGAAGCUAAGCUUCAUGUUCAGGCCCCCUCCAGUGACAGGAGGAGAGGCGCCUUCCCUCGCGGUGGUAGAAAGGGAAAGGCGGCCUUUGCAUAUGCGGGAUCUGGGUCAGCCUCUGACACAGGUUCCCAGCCUGUCCAAAAACUGCAUCUGGGCAUGAAAGUGGUGCAGCUGCAGCAACCGCUGCAGGUCCGCAUCGGGGACUCCACUGUUCUGACCAUCAGGGAGAAGGUCAGGGGCAUCCCUGUUACCUUCGACAGUGUUGGAGAAGUCAGACAUAGUGUGAACUUCUACAUUUUCCCUGACCUCCCCCUUGACCUUGUGUUCUCUAUGCGGUGGCUGAGAGCAGUCAACCCAAGGAUCGACUGGCAGAUCCCCAAGGUUGAACUGCCAAACAGCAAGGGGGUAUAUCAACCUUGUAUGCUUGCAGCUGAUUACCACCCUCAGACAUCUUGCUUCUACCUGAGAGCGAGAGAGUUCUAUACUCUCUUUCGCCAGUAUGAUCAUGAGCGUCUGUUCAUCGCUCUGGUCAAGCGGACAGACGCUCCCUCUGCUCCCUGUCCUUUUGAGAUACAACAGGUUGUGGACCAGUAUGCUGAUCUGAUGCAGGAGCCCUUUGGGUUACCCAACCGGCCAACCAAGCAUCGUAUUGAGCUGCUGCCUGGAGCGGUCCCUCCCAAGGGCCGCAUCUACAGGAUGUCACCUGCUGAGCUUGAGGAGCUCAGGCGACAGCUUGAGACCCUGACUAGCAAGGGCUGGAUCAGGCCCAACACUUCUGAGUUCGGUGCUCCAGUCCUCUUUGUUCYAAAGGGGAGUGGUGAGUUCAGAAUGUGCAUAGACUACAGGGGUCUCAACAAGAUCACUAGGAAGAGCACAAAGCCACUUCCUAGGAUCGAUGACCUUCUGGAUAUGGUCCAGGGCUGCACCAUCUUCAGCAAAGUCGACCUCAAAUCUGGUUACCACCAGAUUGAGAUGGCAGAGGAGGACGUCCACAAGACGACCUUCAAAACCAGGUAUGGUACUUAUGAGUACCUGGUGAUGCCAUUUGGACUCUGCAAUGCACCUGGUACAUUCCAGACAGAGAUGCACCGCAUGUUCAGGCCGUACCUGGAUAAGUUUAUGGUUGUCUACCUGGAUGAUAUCCUGGUAUUCAGCAAAACUACCAGGGAACAUGCGGAGCACCUGGCUCUGGUCCUUCAGUCAUUACGUGACAGCCAGUAUAAGAUCAACAGGGAGAAGUCCUCUUUUGGAGUUCCCUCUGUUAUCUAUCUAGUCCUUCAGCAGGAUGAUGGGAAUGGUCUGAGACCUGUAGAGUUCAUGAGCAAGAAGAUCAAGACUCAGAAGCUUCAGGAUUCUACCUACGAGAAAGAGCUUUAUGCUCUUGUCAGUGCCCUGAAACACUGGAAACACUUUCUCCUGGGCAGGCACUUCAAGAUCUUUUCUGAUCAUUCCACUUUGCACUGGUUGAAGUCCCAGGGAGAGUUAAAUGAUAAGUUGGCACGUUAUAUUCAGUUCAUUGAUCUGUUUGACUUUGAACUGAAGCAUAAGAAGGGCUGCUACAACAAAGUAGCUGACGCGCUCUCUCGUAGGCCUGACUCUUUUGCGCUGAUCUCCUCUACUCAUUCCUUUGGAGAGGAGGUCCGUCAGACCAUUGCUCGUUCACUGCCUCAGGAUCCGACUUAUGGACCCAUUGUCAGGAAUUUGCAAGCAGAUCCCAACUCUGAACCCGACUAUGCCCUGAGUUCAGGUCUGCUGUAUACCUACUGCAGAGGAGAGGAGCGCUUGUGCAUCCCUGAGGAUCAGCAGAUGCGGACACUACUGAUGUCAGAGGGCCACGACCCGCGUGGACACUUUGGGUUCUUAAAGUCGUAUGCAGCCCUGUCGCAGCGCUUCUUCUGGAAGGAGAUGCGGAGUGAUAUGCUGCGCUAUGUGGACACCUGUGAGCUCUGCCAAAGGAACGAGGUUCAGCGUAAACCUCGUUUGGGAUUGCUCAAACCUUUGCCCAUACCUGAUGGUCCUGCCCAGUCUGUAUCCAUUGAUUUUACAAACUUAGGCAAGACUACCCCUCGUGGCAUGCGUCAGGUUAUGGUCUGCGCGGACAGGUUUUCCAAAUACGCAGAGUUCAUCCCCUUGCCAGAGGUAGCCAGGGUACCGGCUGUGAGAGCAGCCUUUCCUGAGAGUAUGGAUUCGCCAUCGAAUUCCAAAAAGCGGAAGGCCACAUCAGGGAAUGAUGGCGAGAGGAAGAGCUCAGGGUGUGAAGGGGAUCCGUCCUUGGGUGUGGAGAAGAAGGGGAGGUGGUCGUGCGAGAUGCAAGGGAAUGUGGUUGAAGAGGUAAAACAGGGAGCCAUGGGGAAAACAGAAGCGGGCCCACGUGGUCCGGUGUUGGUUGAUGGGACUGUAACUUCUGCUGCUCAAGCAAGCGGAGCUGGGGUUGGUGGAGGCAUUGGAGGAGGUGGAAAUGCGGGAGUGAUAGUGUCAGGUGAUAAUGACCUUGGUAGCCCUUCAUUAUCACAUAAACUCACGUGCUCCAGCCCCGUAUCCACAGUGACUUUGCCAGCAGUUGGCAUUGGGGGGCAUCAGUCAUCCGCAGGAUCACGCAUGCCUAUGUCAGCGAGUGACACCCCUGUUCCGUCCUCCUCUGGUAGCACGGUCGUGCAUGGAAAUAUGGCAGGGCGGCCCAAGAUAUUGUGGGGGCACUUGACACCACAGGAAAAACUGGAGAUGUUCACGAGGCCCCAAGAUUGUCCUCCAUUUCAACUGCAAACGACACUUUCCCAGCUGCAGCACCAGCACCAGCAUCAGCAGCCACAGCUCCUGCAGCAGGUUGACCAGAGCAAACCCCAUCAAGAGGAAUUGCGGGAAGGCAAGGAAUACCCGAAUCCGAGUCCACAGCAGCAGGACCAGAAUGAAAGCCAGUUGAAGAUUCAGCAGCAGUUUCAGCAACAGCAAAUGCGGUUACAGAUGCUUCAACAGCAGCAGCAUGAGCAGUUGCAACAGCAGCAGCAGUCGAGAAUAGUGCAGCAUCAACAACAGCUGCACCAGCAAGGUUCCCGGCUGCAGAUGCAGCAGGUGCAGGAGCAGCAGCAAUUUAGGCUACAACAGCAGCACCAGGAGCAGCAACUGAGAUUACAUCAGCAGCAGCAGCAGCUGCAAGGAGAGAAACUAAGACAGCAGGAGGAGCGGCACUUGCAAUUUCAGCAGAGGCAGAAGCUGCCCCCAGCACUACCUCAGCAGAAACAGGAGCAGCCUUCAGAACAUCAACAGCAGCAUCGGCAGCAGCAACAACUGCAGCAGCGACAGCAGCAACAACAGCAGCAACAACAGCAGCAACAACAGCAGCAACAACAGCAGCAACAACAGCAGCAACAACAGCAGCAACAACAGCAGCAGCAGCAGCAGCAGCUACUGUCAUUGGCAUCGCUACAGCAGCAGAAGCAACAGCAGGAGGAGGAGGAGAUAAAGGCACUGAACACUCCUGUCGCAGGCCUUGAACAGAAGGGACAACAUCAUAGUGAAAAAGGGCAGGAGGAGCAGCAGCAGCAAGCGGGAGCUGAGCAAGUGCAGCAUCGGCAGCAGGUUCAGGUUGGAAUACCAGGACAGAGCCUUAAUCUUUCUCAGCAGCCAUCAGUGAUGCUUGGACAACACAUUCCCCAGCAUGCCGUGAAGGGGUUGUCAGGGCAACAGCUACAACAGCAAACCGGAUUGAAGGUGGGGCCUGUACAGCAGAAUAAACAACACGGCUCGAGUAAGUUGAUGCACUAUCAGCAGCAGAUUGGACUCCAUGGGCAGCAGCAGCAGCAGCAACUAACCCAAGGUUUGAGUCAGCAUCCCUUUCUGCAGUCUGAAAGUGCUGUCUUCAGUCUGUGCCAGACACCUCAGACAUCGCUUCAACAGUCUGCUGAGCAAGGCUUGCAGCAACAACAACAAAUGGUUGCUCUGGGUUCACAUCCGAGCCAGCCAGAUGUGCCCAAGCUGCAUGCAGGUAGGGAAGAUCAGUACAGUAACCUGCAACGGCAGGUGGCAGGCUUUCCUGUUUCACAGCAGCAGCAAGGAGUGGCAGGAUCUGCUCAGCAACCCCAUCAGGUUCUGCAGGGUGUAACAACUGGUCAGCAGCAUCUCCCGCUGCAAACCAGUAGAUUGGCUGCACAUAAUCUUCUCUGUCAGCAAGAGCAGUCUGGACUGCAGGUUCCACAUGUGCAGCAUUCAACGAAUCCUCAAAAUUUGUCCCAAGUGGUGGUACCAAAUCAGCAGGUACAGACCUCAGAACAACACCAGCAACCGCAACUGCAACCGCAACAGCAACAACAACAGCAGCAGCCAAAGCAGCAGCAGAAGCAGUCAACUGCGGAAGUUACUGGGUCUGAAACAUCGCAACCGGUGACCUCAUCAACUGCACAUCCUCCUUAUUCCCUGGCUCCUGCCGCGAGCCAUAUGCAGCAAUCAAAUUCGAACCCAGCAGCGGCAGCAGGGGGUGCAGGUUUUGUGGGUUCUAGCGGAGGAGGUGCAAUCACUUCGAGUGCUAGACACAUUGGAGCAAAUAUCUGGUGUUUUACACUGGUAAACAUUCUUCAGGCAUCUGUUGGAGGGGAGCUCGCCCCAAAGGUGACCAACCUUGUCAUGGACUUGAAGGCUUCAAGAGUUUCGGGGCCUGAUUUUUUCCUCCUCUUAAAGCAACUUGUUGGAGAGCAAAUGUACACAACAGCGAUGAAAGUGACACAGAGCAUAGUACAAGCAUCAGAUGGAAGUCUAGCUAGUGUGCAAGCUCUCAUCCAAGCACACAUCCAGCAACCGAGGAAACCUUCAGUGCGUCAGCAGCUGCAACAGCGGGGUAGGCAAACUGGUGCUCAGGGAAAGCCCGCAAAAGCCCCAUUGCAUCAAGUGCCAUCUCAGCCGCCUCCUGUUCACAGUGAACAGCAGUUGAGCACAUCACCCCCAAAUCUGCAGCAUCAUGUUUCUCAGGCAAAACUACAGGAUCUUAGUGAAGACGAUCAGAAGAAGCUGGAUGUAUUGAUCAGAGCAAACCAGCUGCAGCAGGCAGCGUCUCGCAGUGCUUUGCUGCAGCAACAAGCUGUCCUGCAGCAGCAGCAGCCCACAGGCACAACUGCGUCAAUGGCGUCUCAACAACCUAGUCAACCUCCAGAUCCGCAAGGACAGACACGGCCAGGAUUUUGCACAGACCAAACUGCAGCAACACAGCAGGAGCAGCAGCAUUCACAAGCAACACCAAAACAGCAUGUUCAUGGUCCGCUUCAGGGGGGGCAAAUGAGGGCUCCUGGGGGCUCAUCUACUGUUGCUCAGCAUGCAGCCACUGGAAUGAGAAGUCUUACAUCACAAGGGCAGUCAUUUGGGGUGGCAAGAAACGAUGGGGCUCACAGUGUGUCACAGCAGGAGCCCCAGCAGCUUCCCGCGGGGUUAUCAGCUGGUCCUUCACACAGCCAGGCGGUAUCUUCUCAAGUGCAACCUCUUGCUCAGGUCACACAUGGUGGCUUGCAUCACGGUCAACAGGGGGUACAAGCAGCAACAUUGCCUGGGCCUUUGAAAACGGGCUUUUUCCAGUCGCUUUUGGCAUCUUCAUCCGAGCAGACUCUUUCUGAACCCCAGUCUCAGAUGCACCCUCAGCCACAGCCACAACCCCCAGCCCUGUCCCAGUCAGAAGUUAAUGCCCAACAACACGCCUACCCUCAAGUACAGGUACAGCCCCCGUCACAGUCCCAGUCCACUCCGCAGCUUGGUCAGUCCUUGGUGCCGCAGUCACAAAGCCAGCAACAGCACAUUUUGAAAUCCCAAGCACAGCCACAGCUCUAUGUUCAAUCCCAGCCGCAAACCCAGGCCCAUCCUCAACCUCAGCAUCCCGCCACACCCCAGCUGCAGCCACAGGCCCAUCCACAGUUGCACUUGCUAUCCCCCUCCCAGCUACAGAAACCCCAACCCCCUCGGCAGCAUCAGCCACAAGCACAGCCCCAGAUCCAAGCACAGUCACGAUCUCAGCUGCAGCACCAACCCCAACUUCAGUUCCAACCUCAUCCCCUCUCACAAUUGCAACUGCAACCCCUGUGUACGCCGGGCCAGCCUCGAGCCCAAGCACAGCCACAACACUUCCACGCCAUUCAUCAGCUCCAAUCUCAGCACCAAUCCCAGCCUCAGACCCAGCCCCAGCAACAGCUUCAGGCUCAUACAUCGGCCUCGCCUCAGUCCCAAGCACAGACCCAGAGAAUGGUGCAGCGGCAUCCUCAGGUCCUGUCUCAGGCACAAAACCAGUCGCAAAGUCAUCCGCAAUCCCACCUACAGGCUCUAGCCCAACACAAAGCUGGGCCACUUCCACCACAUUCUCCGCUGAUUUCAAAGUCACAGCCUUCAUCUGAAGCGCCACAGCCUCCUGCUGAGAAGCCACUGACAAAGUAUCAGCGGCAGAAGCUGAGACGAGAAGAGAAGAAAAGACAGGCUGCCUUGGAAGCGAAGCAGUUGGAAGAGAAGCAGCGUCAACAACAGGGGCAGGGCUUGGAUGCAGCGAUGGCCCCACAGGACAGUGGAGCGAAGCCUGAGUCUUUGUUUCAGCAACUUGCAUGUGGAAUGCAGCAGCAAACCCCGUGUCAGCAACCGGGGACGGAGGCUGUGAAGAAGGACGAGACAGGAGUGACAUUGGCUUUGCCUUCUUCAACAUACAACGGGGUGCCUCUAGUGCCUGGCACCACAGCACCUCUUCAGCCCAAGCAAGAACAACAGGGUUAUCAGGCUCUGACUGCGCAUGAAUUGCCGCACACAAGUGUAGGCCAAACUGCACCAACGGCGGUGGCGGGUGCGGGAGGAAAGCCGAAGAAGCCAAAGGCUCCUCGCCCUCGGCCUCCAUCGAAGAAAGCCCAGGCUGCUGCAGCUAAAGAGGCGGCAGCAGCUGCUGCAGCUGUGGCCGCCGCUGAGACGGUUAACGACGCAGCGGCGGCAGCAGCAGCAGCGGCUGCCACAGCUGCCAAGGCGGAAGCAGCAGCUCUGUCAGGAAAGGAGGGAAUGGCUGCGGAGCCUUUCCCGGCUCAACUGCAGGUCCAACCCAUGUCCGGGCAAACUAUGUGUGUUUCAGGAGAUGACAACAGACCUACUAUAGGUGUCAAUGACCAGGAAAAGACAUUGCAGAUAUCUGGUCAAGGAAUGCUAAGACCUUGGAACGAGACAGCGGUGCAGGAUUUGCAGCCCCCUGCAUCAGUUCGGCCUUCCAUGUUGGGACCUACAAGCGCAGCUCCUCGUUUGGUUGCUGAGGAAAAGGCUUCAGGAAAUAGUCUGGAACUUGUAGCACCGUCUGGAGUCACGGGGGUAUUGAUGCCAGCAUCAUCAGGUGGACCAGAGCCCGUGCAAGUUGACUUGCCAUUCUCUCAAGCGAGCAAUUCCCUGCCUCUCUCAAUGUCCUCAAUCGAGGUGUUGGUUUCUGCUUGCCCAUCCCUAACUCCAGCAUCAUCUGCCAUUGCAGCGUUGUCUCAGACAACACCUGCGCCAAAGAAGCCCAAGGAACCUAAGAAGCCUAAGAAGCCCAAGGAGCCAAAGCCCAAAGAGCCAAAGCCAACAAGCAAGGCUUCACAGAAGAAGCCCACGAAGGGUACUACUCCCGGGGCUCCUCUUGCUUCUUCUGCAGCAGCCAUGACUCCUCCACUUGUUGUUGAAGGAGCUAUGGGGAGAGUGGAACAUUCCUCUGUGCCACUGGGAGCCCCUAUCACAGUGGUUGGUGAUGAUUCUCAGGGUGGGAUUCCAGGUUUAAUUCAAGGAUCUGCCUUGGUCACACAUGCUGCCCAGGAGAGACAGCUGGAGCCCACAGUGGGAUUGGAAACAAGUGAGACACUUGGAAAAACUGACAGGACUGACAGGUUCUCAGAGGAAAGUGGAAAUGGGGUGACUUCUCUAGGAGGAAUUUUGGAAGCAUCUGCACUCGUUGCACCCAAGGUAGGGGGACCCUCAGCAGCUUCAUUCCCAGAAUCAGUGAGGUCCGACCAUCCCCUGCUUGAUGCAAAAACGGAAUUAGAGGCAGGGCUUCAUCUUGACAGUGCAGUUGGCCUUGCGCACAUGAGGGAGAGAGACUCAAGGCAGCUGGGAAAUGACGUGAAUGUGGCAGUUGGCAUCACGACAAAGGCGGAGGCGUUGCUGGAUAUCUCCAGUGGUACAAUGGUGAGCGAGCCACUGCUCAUAGGAACACAACAUUUGCCACUGCCUUCCACCAUGACUACAGCACAACCUACUCUCACAUCCACAGCACCACCUGCAGGUCCACCAAUGUCGGAUUCGUCGGCUGUUCUGUCAGCGCUUCAGUCACCAGUUUCUUCUUCAUUGCUUCCUGCGUCAGUCCCUUCAGCACUUUGUAAAGCGCUGCCUUCAGGACCUCCAGCAGCACUAUGCUCAGUACUUCCAUCAGCACCGCCUGCGACAUUGCCAUCAGGGUGUCCGUCAUCUGCACCUAUUUCCGUCUCCUCCGUGCUGGCUCCCUUGGGCUCACCGCCAUCAAAGAUUGCCGGGACACAGAUUCAAGCAGGUAAUGCAGAUUAUGUUUCCAAAGUGCCAGGAGCUGGUGCAGAAGGUUUGUCAUUGCCACCGUCUGUUGAAUCGGGAGUGGAUGUGCAGCCAAGCUCCCUAGGUAGCCCACCUCCCAGGGGGUCUAUCACUCCGGGGAAAGCAGUCACUGGCUCUAUGAAGGCUGGAAAGAACAAAGGAAGUAACGCGGGCCUGCAGAAGUCACCCUUGCUGGGGAAGAAGCCUGCAGAUGGUGGACCUGGACUUCAGCAGCCAAGCAAGAAGCACAAGGCAGCUCAGGAGAAUGAGAGGGACGAAGACAUUGAGAAGCUAAAUGAUGUUACAAGAGUGAGCGGGGUGGACCUCAAGGAGGAGACAGCGCAGUUGCUGGCAGGCCCUGCGGAGGACAGCCAUGCAAAUGAAGCAGUUCGGCUGCUCGUGAGGGAGGAAGAGGAACAACUGUUUCUGCAAAAAGAUCCCCUGAAGUCGAAGAUCUACGCCAUUGCAUCGAAGUGUGGGAUUGCAAAUGUAAACGAGGAUGUGUACAGAUGCGUUUCCAUGUCAGUGGAAGAGAGGUUGAGGGGGAUAUUACACCGCCUGAUCAUCUUAUCGAGACAGCGGAUGGAUAUGAACAGGGAAAGAUUCAACAUCAUCCCAACACUGGACACAAGAUUGCGAGUGCGUAUGGUGGAGAAAAGGGAGAGGGAUGCGCUUGAGAGGAAGGCAGCGGAGGAGAGGGAGAUGAUGCUGAAAGCCUCUGAGAAUGCCCCAAAGAAGGAUAAAGAUGUGAGCAAGGAUGACAAGGCAAGGCUUCAGAAGGCAGAGGAAGAUCGUAACCUGACACAAUCUGCUAAUCUUGCUGCAAUGGCAGCUAUUGGUGAUAUUGGUAACAAGAGCCUCGUCAGCCGGUGGCAAGCUAUGGCUGCCGGGCACACCAAAGACAAGCAGCAAAAUGAUAGGCAACUAAUAGGAGGCAGUGCAACCGGAGUCAGUGGAGUAGCUGCCCCAGGUGCCUCAUCUAGUAACCCUCCAAGUCGAGCUUGGCCCCAUGGGGUUGGAGCUUCCGAUGGACGGGUUGAUGGCUUUGCAGAUGAAUCUGGAGAGGAGAGGCUGUUGUAUGGAACAGCGGGGGCAGUGGCCUCAGGAGGCCCCGGAAGACCAGGAGGCGAUGCGAUGGACACAGGUGGCAGUACUGGUGGGUCAUUGUCACUUGGCAGCGCAAGUGGACUCGCAGCAAUUAUGCGUAGGACUGCAUUGUCAGUCACUGGGGCGCAUUCGCCCGUGACAAGUAUCUCUCUCAAGGAACUUUUGUUUUUACUAGAGAGGGAACCGUCGAUGGCAAAGUCUACGUUACUGUACAAGCUUUAUGCAAGGGCGCAGCAGAUGUCAAGCUCGCAGCCUGACAUGAUAGCUCGCCGAGCAAUUUUUGAGAAGGGUUUUGAGAACGGAAGGCGGCCAGUGUUCGACAAGUGGAGGUUGCCAGCCGAUAAACUUCUUGCCCGGCCACACUUAGCUGGUGCUGACGAUACUGACAAGGGCCAACCACCAUCCGGACCUGGACUGGGGGCUUCCACGCCUGCUGCAGUGAUGGAGGUAGAUGGGACAGAUAGAAAAGAGGGGAGUAACGGAAGUUGCCUGGAAUGAAAAAAAGAAAAGAAAAAAAAGAGGUAUCACCAACAUGAAACAGAAGGGAGGAGGGGUUGAUGGUGAAUAAGGUGGGGAAGAGCACACAUUGACUGACCGGUAAACACUUGGGGUAUUCUCUGUGCCUUCUUUUUAGUCAGGGGGUUUCUUGCAGCUGAGGUUCACAUGUUCAUGAUACUGCUGCUGACAUGGAUGCAGAAGACUAUGAUCUUCACCCGAAUAGAAUGUCCGGUAAUUAUCUCUCCGUCGGGACUGAAAAUCGCCCCAAAUAGCCAUAACGACCAGGCGUUCUAUUCAGGUGAAGACGGUAGUCUCCGGCUGCUCACCUUGCUAGGCAGUGGAUGAACACAUCUCAUUGGUUUGCCAUAGAGAUGAUAUUGGGCCUCGUUCCACUACUCACCACAUGAACGGAAGACAAAAUAUGGCUGCAUAUGUUUUUCCAUGUUCUAGGGGAAGAUUCAUUCUCAUUUUGUACAUUUGGUAAGUGUUGGAGGGAGGCCCACAGGCCAAAACAACUUCCCAUGGUACGAACUGCUUCACGAUUGGCCAUUACUCGAUUGGGCAUUUCUUCUGCACAAAGCCAUUGAAAG